AUGACCACUCGCGAGCUCCUCGUGGUGAUUCUAAACCAUACUAACGAAGAACUCAACACUGAACCCGAAUGGCCAACCGUCACCCAUGGCCACUUCAUAAAAGACCCAGAAAUUCCACCACCACAAACAAUACUUGCUGGUGAGAGCGGCAUGUUACGCUGCAAAUCGGACCACUUAGGUGGAGGGAUCGAAGGUUCAAUUACAUACCGUAUCGUCGGAUUCGGCCCAAGGAACGAAGUGAAAUUUAUGUGGAGCGUGCCAUAUAUUGGUGUGAAUAAGUUUAGCGCUGCUUCUGCCAUCCCCGAUUUCACGGUGCAUGCUUUGGGUGGGCAUGGAAGUCAGGCUGUUGUUGUCUUUAUAUUCCAACCAAAUCACAAGACAGAGGGAGGGAUGGAAGAUGGUGGCGUGUUAGCUGCUGUUGCUAAGGGUUCGUUGGAGUGUGCCGAGGGUCCUUUGACUGGCUUUAAUCGUCAUUAG